AUGAUGGAAGCCUAUUGUUCACAACUCAUAUCAAACAAAAAUCACUCAUGGCCACUCCACAUUUCUUUUCCACCUUCAUCAAAUCCUCUUCCCUUUUCUUGCUUCUUGUUUCAUGUUUUUUAGAUCAAACCCAUGCUUUUCAACCCAAAUAUACUAAGAUUCAAGACUCUUUCCACACUAUUCAAAUUAGCUCCCUUUUUCCAUCCUCUGUUUGCAGUCCUCCCAAAGAUUUGAUCAAGAAGAGACCAUCCACGCUAGAAGUUUUUCAUCGGCACGGCCCGUGUUCUAAACUCAGCCAGGACGAAGCCGGCGCUAUGCCAUCGCUAAAGGACAUCCUCUCUCAUGAUCAAUCCCGAGUCGAGUCAAUCCACGCCCGCACCAACCCAACCAUAGCCACAGACAAAGUCAAGGACAAAAAAGUCAACCUCCCUGUACAGCCGGGUAGCUCCCUAGGCUCCGGAAACUACCUCGUUUCUGUGGGCCUAGGCGUCCCCAAGAAAACCCUCUCCCUCAUUUUUGACACUGGGAGCGACCUAACAUGGACCCAGUGCCAGCCAUGCGCUCGAUCCUGCUAUAAACAACAAGACCCAAUAUUCGACCCUAAAACUUCGACCUCCUACUCUAACAUAUCGUGCACGUCCACGGCGUGCUCCCAGCUCACCACUGCCACAGGCAACAACCCCGGUUGCAAUGCCGGGACGUGCAUCUACGGCAUCCAGUACGGCGACCAGUCGUUCUCGGUAGGGUUUUUCAGCAAGGACACCCUCACCAUCGCUAAAGACGUAUUCCCAAACUUCCAAUUCGGUUGCGGCCAAAACAACCAAGGGCUCUUCGGCCGAACCGCCGGGCUAAUUGGCCUCGGCCGGGACCCGCUCUCGAUCAUAUCCCAGACCGCGACGAGGUACGGGAAGUACUUCUCCUACUGCCUCCCGUCGAAGUCGAGCUCCACCGGCCACCUCACCCUCGGCAAGGCCCGAAGCCCCGGAAAGGGCGUGCGGUUCACGCCGUUCGACUCCACGAAGGGCUCCUCGUUCUACUUCAUCACCAUCGCCUCCAUCUCCGUCGGCGGCCAGCCGCUCCCGAUAGGGCAGGCCGUCUUCACGACGGGCGGCACGAUCAUCGACUCCGGCACGGUGAUCACGCGGCUGCCGCCGGCGGCGUACACCGCCCUGAGCGCGGCGUUCAAGCAGGGGAUGAAGAAUUACCCGGCGGCGCCGGCGUACUCGAUCCUGGACACGUGCUUCGACUUCUCCAACUACACGACCAUCACCAUCCCCACCGUGUCGUUCGCAUUCGGCGGCGGAGUGAAGGUCGACCUCAUCCCGUCGGGGAUUCUGAUCUCGGUCAGCUCCACGGAGGCGUGCCUUGCCUUCGCCGGAAACGGAGACGCCGCGGACACCGGAAUCUUCGGAAACACGCAGCAAUUGACGUUUGAAGUGGUGUAUGAUGUCGCCGGAGGGAAGCUGGGAUUCGGUGCGGCUGGAUGUUGAUUCAUACUAGUUUCUUACAUUAAAAAAAAAAACAUGAUUUUUCUACAAAGAAAGGAAAUAUGUUAGUGUGAUAUCAAUAUGUAUAUGAUAUGAUUUCAGAAAUUUUAAAUAAAAAAUUUGUCUUUCAAGAAA